AUGCUUGCUUGGGUUAUGAAAGAGGUGGAGAGCCCGUAUGGCGACAUCGCAACACUGCACUGGGCGGUGCCAGAUGCAGAUGCUGACGCGCUCAACUCCACAUCUCUGCAGGUAGAACUAGAGAGUGCGGAAGACCAGCUCGGGGCCGUUUUGUGGAACAGCAACACUGCGGCUCUCCGCCACCUUCACGCACGCGUCUUCAAGCUGCCUCCCUCAUCCUCAUCAUCUGCAGCCCAGGCACCCCCACCGAUUCCGCUGGCUGGGAAGAACAUUGUGGAACUUGGUGCCGGCGUGGGCUGCCUCGGCAUCGCCCUCGCCAUGGCAGGCGCACGUGUCACCAUCACCGACUUGAAGGAACUCUUACCGCUAAUGGAAUACAACGUACGCCUGAACGAGAAACGAGUCCAGGAGCGCAGCCGAGGCGUCGGCCACUGCGCCGCUCUUCAGUGGAAGUGGGGUCCGACCAUGAGCACAAUGGUGCACAAGCAGCUGCAGAAAGAGAAAUUAGCGGUGAAGAUAACAGAUGUGCAGCAGCAGCAACACCUGUCACCACGGGGAGUUGCGACGCCACCAACGACAUCCGCGCUCUCUAACUCCGUGGAUCGUGUCGUGUCUUCUAUGGUGUCUUCGCUCUUGUCGCCGUCCGCGUCCCUGGUGGAGUGCGAGAAGGCACUGCGGUCAGCUGCAGCUGGAUCGUCAUCCACCACCGCCACGUCGCUGAAGACGCCGUUCCACUACGUCAUACUGUGCGAUGCCCUCUACGGGAACCCAAAGGACUGGCCAGCGCUGCUCUACACACUGACGGAGUUGCUGGCCACAAACCCAGACGAGUGCGAAGUCGUCAACUUCUGUGAGCAGCGAGUGAAGGAUGUAGAGGGGGCUUUCCUGAAGUUGCUGGAUGCGGAAAACGAGAAGACGUUUGUGCCAAUGGAGCACAGGCUGCGCGAUGGCGACGCCCUGUGGACUCAAGCCAUUGUCUCUGCAACGCGGUGCUGCAGGCCGCUGUCAACGUCAGCAGCGGUCCAACAGAAGCAGCGUGAGGACGCCGCAAAUUCUCUGCUGCGUUACGUCCUCGUACAACGCCGCGGCGCGUACCGAUGGACGUACACGACGAAUGUGCUGCAGGACGCGCAGAGCGAGCUGAACAUGGUCAUCCGUGUCACGCGUAUUCGAUGGACGCGUGCGGGGGUCGUUCAAGAGGACAAGGCGAAGCAGCAGCACACCGGUAGCGUCAGCCACCACGCGACAGCAUCGAGUACUUUAUUCGGCGUACUCGAACCGUCACGUCGUCGUCGGCAUCGCGGUGAUGGCAUUGGUGAGGACGACUUUGCCACCGCCACUGAUGCGCAGACACCGUCAGAGGGCGUUGCCCUGAGCAUCAGUAACAAGAAGAAACAUCGCACUGGUGGCGCUCAUGACCGCUGA